CAGCUCGAAUCCAAAGCAACCCAACAAUGACUCUUGUCAGGCCGUUGGUCGCCCUCACGCUUGAUUCAAUCUCUCUAUCUGCGGCACACUCAGACAAUAUGUCUGGGUUCGGUGAUCAAGACGUUCCUAUGCCUGUGUUUGAUCCUGUUUCCGCUCCGUGGUCGGAGAUCGCCACAUCGCACCUGCAGUCAGUGUCUUGGUGCACAGUGCUUGCCCCUCAUAUGCCCCUUGACCUGAUCGAUCUCUGUCUCUGCGCCCCAGGGAAGAUGAGGAUCACGUCCAUAUGCUUUCUGAGGCCACACUCAUGCAUCCACCGCUGGCCAAGCCCGUUCACCGAGUGCUCCAACCUCUCCGCGAGACGCAAUCCCUGAGGGCGAGAUUCAUGGACCUGCAUGAGCUGAAGAAGGCGGCUGACUUCUCAUUGACGGUCUCCCACAAAGGCUCCUCAGGAUGGGCUGUCCCUUGGCUUUCAAACGCGAUUGCACAGCAUGCAUACGUCCCACAUAUUGCUGGUCAAUACGUCGCGGAGGUGUACCAUGUCCCCUCUGAGCAAUCCCGCAUUCAUUGGUCACACCAUGGUCGUCCGGCAGAGGUGACAUCGAUCGCCCCAGGAAUGGAUCAGGAAGCGCAGGAAGGUGCUCUGACAGCAUCGCCUCCACCAUCACCCUCCGGUGGAUGUCACACCUUCACCGCCGAUGAUACCACCCUCCUUCAUGAGAAAGACAACGACAAGGAUCUCCCCAGUAUUUCACAAGCAACUUCCCCUAUACCCUGGUCUCCCAGCGCUGCGUGGCAACUACAGGGCGCAAAGACAAAUGCUAUGAAGAUAGACGAAAUACCGGAAGUACUGAGUAAAGAGCAGCACACCGACAUCCUAUCAUACCCUGUCUCGUCAACGCGUCAGAAGGCACCGCAUGUCUCCCAGUAUUUGGGUACCGUCGAUCGGCAACAAUCAGCUCAGUAUAUGGAUACUCGUCAAGUCACAUCUUCCUCUCCGCAUCAUCAUUUGAAGCAGGCCUUCCAGAGGCCUGCCUCCCAUGGCGGUGCGGUGGAGUUGAAAUCUUCGCUGCUGGGCAAGCGGGACGUCAGGCCCGCCUCCGUUGUCUCUGGCACGAGCUACAUCAAGCGACGCAGAGGGGCUUGGGUCAACUAUUUCAGUAAGUCAGUGUAAUCCAAA